CCCUCUAAGAAAGAGUUUGGGAAUGUUCUCCUUUGCUGUCACUUUUUCUCCAAAAAUAACCUGGCUUGGAAGUUAUUGGUCCAAAGGGAAUUUGAUUUCCUGUAGAAACUGGAGAAAAGGUAAUGCAAGUAGAGAGGGACAGCUGUAUUUCUGCUUGAAUAAUAAACCAACUAACAGAUACGAAUUUUGGAGACAUAAAGAGAAUGAGUAUAUGUCCUUUAAGUGUACCAGUUUCCUCCGUCACUUCUGGCAGAAGAUGCAGCACUUUUAGUGGUGCUGGGAUUCUGGGAUGUGUUCCUAUUAAUUCUAAUACAGAUAAAGAAGAUGUGGUAGAGGGAAAGAUGGUGGCAGAAGGACUGGAUAAAGAGGCGAAAUUGCCUGCUAAAAAGAAAAGAAAGAAGGGUUUGCGAAUUAAGGGGAAAAGACGUCGAAAAAAAUUGAUCCUUGCCAAAAAGUUUAGUAAGGAUUUGGGAUCCGGGAGGCCUGUUGCAGAUGCCCCUGCUUUGUUAGCAUCUGAUGCCCCUGACCAGGAUGAAGAAAGUCUUUUUGAGAGCAAUAUAGAAAAACAGAUCUAUCUACCUAGUACCAGAGCCAAGACUUCCAUUGUAUGGCACUUCUUUCAUGUUGACCCCCAAUACACCUGGCGGGCUAUUUGUAAUCUCUGUGAAAAAAGUGUCAGCCGGGGUAAACCAGGCAGCCAUCUUGGUACAUCUACUCUUCAACGACAUCUGCAGGCAAGGCAUUCUCCUCACUGGACCAGGGCCAACAAGUUUGGAGUCACUAGUGGGGAGGAAGAUUUUACCUUGGAUGUAUCUUUAUCUCCCUCUUCUCCUGGAAGCAAUGGAAGCUUUGAAUAUAUUCCUACUGAUCCAUUAGAUAAUAAUAGAAUGGGUAAGAAACGUGAUAAAUCAGCAUCUGAUGCCCUAAGGGCAGAAAGAGGGAGAUUUCUCAUCAAAAGUAACAUUGUCAAGCAUGCCUUAAUCCCUGGAACCAGAGCCAAGACAUCUGCAGUUUGGAAUUUCUUUUACACUGAUCCUCAGCAUAUCUCAAGGGCUGUGUGUAAUAUAUGUAAAAGAAGUGUGAGCCGGGGUAGGCCAGGUUCCCACUUAGGAACUUCAACACUUCAACGACACCUGCAGGCCACACAUCCCAUCCAUUGGGCUGUUGCCAACAAAGACAAUGGUGCUGUUGGAAAUGGGUUAGAUGAAGCUGAGACUGAGAGAAAUGAUCUCCUAAGUGAUACUGUACGUGGAGAAAAGUCUACAGGCAGCCAAGAUUUAACAGCUGAGGACCUUAGUGACUCUGAUUCAGAUGAACCUCCUGUGUUAGAGGUCGAAAAUAGAUCUGAAAGUCCUAUUGCUGUUGCAGAGCAAGACACUGUGAUACAUGCACAGGAGAGAGAAACAACAUAUUGUGAAAAUCCAGUCUCAAGUCAAAUAAGUCAGGCAAUUAUUCAAAUGAUUGUGGAGGAUAUGCAUCCUUACAACUACUUCUCAACCCCAGCCUUUCAGAGGUUCAUGCAGAUUGUAGCCCCUGACUAUAGGUUGCCAUCAGAGACUUACUUUUUCACUAAGGCUGUACCUCAGUUAUAUGAUUGUGUCAGAGAAAAAAUUUUCUUAACUUUAGAGAAUGUUCAAAGCCAAAAGAUCCACCUAACUGUUGACAUAUGGACCCAUGACCCAUCCACUGACUAUUUCAUUGUGACUGUACACUGGGUCUCUUUGGAAACUGCACCUUUUCCUCAUAACGGCAGGAUCCCCAAUUUUAGAAAAUGGGCAGUGCUUUGCGUUACAGGUUUGGCCAAAGACUGUUUGAUAACCAACAUUUUACAAGAAUUAAAUGACCAGAUUGGUCUGUGGCUUUCCCCUAAUUUCCUUAUCCCUAGCUUCAUUGUUUCUGACAAUUCCUCUAAUGUGGUACAUGCAAUCAAAGAUGGUGGUUUUACCCAUGUGCCAUGCUUCCUGCAUUGUUUAAAUAUAGUCAUUCAGGACUUCUUCUGUGAGCACAAAAGCAUUGAGAAUAUGUUAGUGGCUGCUAGGAAAACCUGUCAUCAUUUUAGUCAUUCCGUAAAGGCCCGUCAGAUCCUGCAAGAGUUCCAAAACGAUCAUCAACUUCCAUGGAAGAAUUUGAAGCAGGAUGAAACUGGACAUUGGAUUUCUACCUUUUAUAUGUUAAAAUGGCUUUUGGAACAUUGCUACUCAGUUCACCAUAGUCUUGGUAGAGCCAGUGGAGUUGUGCUCACUUCCCUUCAGUGGACUCUAAUGACUUAUGUUUGUGAUAUUCUUAAGCCAUUUGAGGAGGCCACCCAGAAAGUGAGUGUGAAGACCACAGGGUUGAAUCAAGUGCUACCCCUAAUCCAUCAUCUACUCCUUUCCUUGCAGAAACUCAGAGAAGAUUUUCAAGUCAGAGGAAUUACUCAGGCCCUCAAUCUGGUGGACAGUUUAUCUCUGAAACUUGAAACAGAUACCCUGCUAAGUGCCAUGCUCAAAUCCAAGCCCUGUAUCUUGGCUACUUUGUUGGAUCCUUGCUUUAAAAACAGUUUGGAAGACUUUUUUCCUCAAGGUGCUGAUUUAGAAACUUAUAAGCAGAUUCUUGCAGAAGAGGUUUGUAAUUAUAUGGAAUCUUCACCAGAGGUCUGCCAGAUUGUGACUUCAGAACCUUCUGGUCCCUCAGUUACAGUAGGAGCUGAUGCAUUUACCUUAUCUAUAAAAGAGGGCACCUCCAAUUCAGGUCCCAUGGAUAGUUCAUCUGCAGACAGCAUUGCCAUUGGAAGCAAAAGCUUCAUGUUCCCUUCUGCUAUAGCACUUGUGGAUGAGUACUUCAAAGAGAAGUAUUCGGAAUUCUCAGGAGGUGGUGACCCUUUGGUUUACUGGCAGAGGAAGAUGAGCAUAUGGCCAGCUUUGACCCAGGUUGCUAUUCAGUAUCUAAGUUGCCCUAUGUGUAGUUGGCAGUCUGAAUGUAUCUUUACUACAAAUAGCCACUUUCAUCCAAAACAGAUAAUGAGCUUGGACUUUGACAAUAUUGAACAGCUGAUGUUUCUGAAAAUGAACUUGAAAAAUGUUAACUAUGAUUAUUCUACAUUGGUUCUGAGCUGGGAUCCUGAGAAUGAAGUUGUUCAAAGCAAUGAAAAAGAAAUAAUACCUUAA